CGGGACACGAAGAAGAUGUACGCGAUGAAGUACAUGAACAAGCAGAAGUGCAUCGAGAGGGAUGAAGUGCGCAACGUGUUCCGGGAGCUCCAGAUCAUGCAGGGCCUGGAGCACCCCUUCUUGGUCAACCUGUGGUACUCCUUCCAGGAUGAGGAGGACAUGUUCAUGGUGGUGGACCUGCUGCUGGGCGGGGACCUGCGCUACCACCUGCAGCAGAACGUGCACUUCACGGAGGGCACCGUGAAGCUCUACAUCUGCGAGCUGGCGCUGGCGCUGGAGUACCUGCAGCGGCGCCACAUCAUCCACAGAGACAUCAAGCCAGACAACAUCCUCCUGGACGAGCACGGGCAUGUCCACAUCACAGACUUCAACAUCGCGACUGUCGUGAAAGGACCUGAAAAGGCUUCUUCCAUGGCCGGGACCAAGCCCUACAUGGCCCCAGAAGUGUUCCAGGUGUACGUGGAUGGGGGCCCCGGGUACUCGUACCCUGUGGACUGGUGGUCCCUGGGCGUCACGGCCUACGAGCUGCUGCGGGGCUGGAGACCAUACGAGAUCCACUCGGCCACGCCCAUCGACGAGAUCCUGCACAUGUUCAAGGUGGAGCGGGUGCACUACUCCUCCACGUGGUGCAGGGGCAUGGUCGCGCUGCUGCGGAAGCUCCUGACCAAGGACCCCGAGAGCCGCCUGUCCAGCCUCGGCGACGUCCAGAGCGCACCCUACCUGGCCGACAUGAACUGGGACGCAGUGUUGGAGAAGGCGCUGACGCCCAGCUUUGUGCCCAAUAAAGGGAGAUUGAACUGUGAUCCCACAUUCGAACUUGAAGAAAUGAUUCUCGAAUCCAAGCCACUUCAUAAAAAGAAGAAGAGGUUGGCAAAGAACAGGUCCAAAGACGGCACGAAGGACAGCUGUCCUCUGAACGGCCACCUGCAGCAGUGCUUGGAGACGUUGCGGAAGGAAUUCAUCGUGUUCAACAGGGAGAAGCUGAGGAGGCAGCAGGGGCAGGGCGGCCAGCUCCCGGACCCCGAGGGCCGCGCGGGGGGCCAGGCCCCGGGCCGGCUCCAGGACGGCGGCCACAACAGCAUCCUGAGCCCCACCUGCUCCCAUGGCGGCAGCGGCGGCGGCAGCUAA